CUGUGUGGGAGGAGUGCUGUCAGGCUGUGAGUUCGAUGAGGUUCCUUCCAGACCUUUCCCCCAUCACUUGGUUGCUCCUCAUCACUUUCCUGAGCCUCCUGGUGCUCUAUGGGAUAUGGCCCUACCAGACCUUCAAGAAGCUGGGCAUUCCUGGCCCACAGCCUGUGCCAUUUUUGGGAACAUUCAUGGGGUAUCGACAGGGGCUCCUGAAUUUUGAUCAGAUGUGCUUUGAAAAAUAUGGUAAAAUCUGGGGGAUUUUUGAUGGCAGGCAGCCCAUAAUGGCUAUUCUGGACCCCGGGCUCAUCAAAACCAUCUUGGUGAAGGAGUGCUAUAGCACUUUUACCAAUCGCAGGGUCUUUGGUCUGAGUGGGAGACUGGAGUCAGCUGUUAGCAUGGCUGUGGAUGACCAGUGGAAAAGGAUUCGCACUGUGUUGUCCCCAACAUUCACCAGCGGGAAGCUGAAAGAGAUGUUCCCUAUCAUUGAGAGCUAUGGUGAAAAAUUAGUGAAAAACAUUGAGAAGAAAGUGGCUAACGAAGAGCUCUUGGACAUGAAGAACAUUUUUGGAGCCUACAGCAUGGAUGUGGUGGCCAGCACUUCUUUCAGUGUGGAUGUUGACUCCAUGAGCAAACCCAAUGACCCCUUUGUCACCAACAUUAGGAAAUUUCUCAAGUUCAGUUUCCUAAGCCCAUUAUUGAUGUUCAUAGUGUUGUUCCCCUUCAUGAUCCCAGUGCUGGAAAAGAUGAAUGUGACGCUGUUAUCUAAUGAAGUCAUGGACUUCUUUGAUGUCUUCUUCAUGAAAAUGAAGAAGGAACGGGAAAAAGGGUACCACAUGGACCGAGUGGACUUCCUGCAGCUGAUGAUUGACUCACAGAGCUCACAGGAUGGCUCCAAGUCUGCUGGGGAGAAGGGCUUAUACAAAUCAUUAAGUGAUGAGGAGAUUCUGGCCCAGGCUCUUACCUUUGUCUUUGCUGGUUAUGAAACCACCAGCUCCACCCUCAGCUACGUCUCCUAUCACCUGGCCAUGCACCCUGAUGUGCAGAAGCGACUCCAGGAUGAGAUCGAUGCAAACUUGCCCAACAAGGCUGCUCCUACAUACGAUGCAGUUAUGCAGAUGGACUACCUGGACAUGGUGGUGAAUGAAUCCCUGCGGCUGUACCCUGCUGGGGGGCGGAUUGAUCGGAUCUGCAAGAAGACAGUGGAGUUCAAUGGGGUGACCAUCCCAGAGGGCAUGGUGGUCAUGAUCCCAAUCUAUGUGCUUCACCAUGACCCGGCAUACUGGCCCAAGCCAGAGGAAUUCAGGCCUGAGAGGUUUAGUAAAGAAAACAGAGAGAACAUUGACCCCUACACCUACCUGCCAUUUGGGGCCGGCCCCAGAAACUGCAUCGGAAUGAGAUUUGCUCUCCUCGUCGUUAAAGUGGCUGUGGUUGCCCUUCUACAGAACUUCUCUUUCAGACCCUGCAAAGACACUCCGGCUAUGCAGGCUGAAGGGCGCAGAGGUGAAGCAGGAGCAAGUUCCCUCCUUCCCACCCAUUUUUGGGUUUGCAUGGGCUCCCACACUGUGCUGGUGGGAACAGCUGUGCAGAACAGAGCUGCUCAAUGCUGAAGCAAUGCGAUGACUGCUAGGAAUUACCCAUCAGCAUGUCCUGAACACAUGGCACCUCCCUGUGAUGCAGACAGCUCACAGUCUUCUACUGCUGCUCCUAGCUGUGAGCACUGGGUGCCCAGCCCUGACGUGCUUUGCUGCACCACCUGCCACCAAAGGUCAUGCCAUUAAUGUGUUUUGCUCACUAGGUGAGCUUGGAGAUUGAAACAGAGGGAGCACAAGUGUAUUCAAAGGACGUUUGCUGUAUGAAACAAAAAUACUCAUAGAAUUAUUACUUGGCACAAGUGCUCGGCUGGAAUCUCUGCAGGUUCAGAUUGCUACUCAACUGCUAACCUGGAGGUGAAAGACUGUAAUAGUCCAUUAACAAUGCAGUGACCUAUCCACCCUCCUCCAAGUCUAAUGACAUUUUUCUAGUCCUCUGCAAUCCAUAAAAUUGAUUAUUUUUAUA